GAGAGAGAGAGAGAGAGAGAGAGGGGUGUUGUGCCGUUUUGGUUUAUGAAGGAUUGAGCUGUCCUGUGAUGUGUAUCGAUUGAGAAUGGAAAUGAGUGGAGAUGCAGCAGUAGAAGACAGCGAACAGAGUAGAACUGAUGAUGCACAAUCUAUAGCUGCAUGGAGGAAGCUGAAGCGACACGAUUCUCUUGAUAUGGAAUCCGCGAAGCUCCCCACGUCCCACCACCACCAUCAUCAUCAUCAUCCCUCCAAGGGGGGGUCAUGGUGGGUGAUAAUGCAAUUGGCAUUCCAGAGCAUAGGGGUGGUGUACGGGGACAUUGGCACGUCACCGCUCUACGUGUUCGCCAGCACCUUUCCCGACGGCGUCAACCACAGCGACGACAUCAUUGGAGUUCUCUCUAUCAUCUUCUACACAAUUACCCUCCUCACCCUCCUCAAGUACGUCUUCAUCGUCUUGCACGCUAAUGACAACGGCGACGGAGGGACAUUUGCUCUGUACUCCCUGGUAUGCCGGUAUGCGAAAGUGGGGUUGAUCCCGAGUGUGCAGGCGGAAGACAGAGCAGUGUCAAAUUACAAGCUGGAAAUGCCGAGCAAUAAGCUGCGGAGAGCAACCAUCCUGAAGACAAUGCUGGAGAAUAGCCCUUUCGCCAAAUUCUCUCUGCUCUACGCCACCAUGCUCGGCACUUCCAUGGUCAUCGGAGACGGUGUCCUCACCCCUUGCAUCUCUGUUUUGUCAGCUGUGAACGGGAUCAAGCUUGCUGAAUCUUCCAUCACGGAAGGGAAGAUUGUUUGGAUAUCAGUUGCAAUCUUGGUCUUUCUAUUUUCAAUACAAAGAUUUGGAACAGACAAAGUAGGCUACAGUUUUGCUCCCAUAAUAUUCAUUUGGUUCACAAUGAUUGGUGGUAUUGGCAUCUACAAUUACUUCAAAUUUGAUCCAGUCGUCAUUAAAGCAUUAAAUCCACAAUACAUUAUAGAGUAUUUCAAGAGAAACAAGAAGCAAGCAUGGAUUUCCUUGGGUGGAACUAUCCUUUCCAUAACAGGAACUGAAGCUAUGUUUGCGGACCUCGGUCACUUCAGCGUUCGAUCCAUACAAGUAAGCAUGUGUGCUGUGACAUACCCGGCUAUUGUACUUGCAUACACUGGACAAGCCUCUUAUCUUCACCAACACCUAGAUGAUGUUUCAGAUGCUUUCUAUAAGUCUAUUCCUGGCCCACUAUAUUGGCCAAUGUUCAUUGUGGCGGUUCUAGCGUCAAUCAUAGCAAGCCAAGCCAUGAUCUCAGGGGCAUUUUCUAUAAUCCAGCAAUCCCUCUCUCUAGGUUGUUUCCCACGUGUGAAGAUUGUGCAUACCUCAACAAAGUAUGAAGGACAAGUUUAUAUACCUGAAGUCAACUACCUUCUUAUGUUGGCAUGUGUUGUGGUCACUGCUGGAUUCAAGACUACCGCAAAAAUUGGGAAUGCAUAUGGUAUUGCAGUGGUGUUUGUCAUGACGCUCACGUCAUGGUUUCUGGUACUCAUCAUGAUCAUGAUAUGGAAGACCAACAUACUUCUCAUAAUGGCUUAUGUUCUUGUCAUUUGCAGUAUUGAGCUCGUGUACUUGAGCUCAGUCCUUUAUAAAUUUGACCAAGGAGGGUAUUUACCCUUGGCCGUCGCCUUGUUCCUAAUGGCUAUAAUGUACAUUUGGAAUGAUGUGUACCGGAGAAAAUACUAUUACGAGCUCAAUCACAAGGUUUCUCUAGAAAAGCUGAAGGAGAUGGUCACCAACACUAGCUUUUGCAGGAUGCCGGGACUCGCCAUCUUUUACUCUGAGCUUGUUCAUGGAAUCCCUCCCAUCUUUGAGCACUAUAUGGAAAAUGUACCGGCACUACACUCUGUCGUUGUUUUUGUCUCAAUUAAAUCACUGCCCGUAAGCAAGGUGCCAAUGGAAGAGAGGUUUCUUUUCCACCGAUUGGAUCCAAAUGAGCUCAAUGUGUUUCGCUGUGUUGUACGAUAUGGAUAUACAGAUGUGCAAAAUGAGGAAGAGCCUUUUGAAAUAUUGUUGGUUGAGAGACUGAAGGAAUUCAUAAGGGACAAUGUUUUGAUGCUUUCAGAGUCUGGCGAUGGCAGAGGCAAUACUGUAAAAAAUGAAGAAUUGGAUGAUGGGUUGUCUAAUGAUGAUAAUGUGAAAGAGGAAGCCACACAAGGGGAGGACGAGAAGCGACGAGAGACGUUGGAUAGAGAAAUUUUUGAGGUGGAGAAAGCGCGGCAAGCGGGUAUCGUUCACCUAAUUGGCGAGAGUGAGGUGAUUGCAGGAAAAGGAGCUAGGAUGGCAAAGAGGAUUCUAAUAAAUUAUGCUUACAAUUUCUUGAAGAGGAACUUGAGGCAAACUGAGAAGGUGUUUGAUAUUCCACACAAGAGAAUGUUGAAGGUGGGAGUAACCUAUGAGCUUUAGAGGAUCAAAUAAAUAUGAUAGUUCUAUUGAGAAUGUCUAAAUAAUUGCAGACUGCAGAGCAACAUAUUAGAGGCAGUGUAUUAUUGUUUGAUAUAUAUGGUUUGCCAGUAAAGGUCAUGGUUUCUGUUCCAAGUACUUUCUGGUUACGUGUAGUUUGUUUUAAGAAUAUAAUUUCUAUUCUCAGUCUUUAUUUAAUGUGACAAAUAUAUGGCCAAUCAUGUUGGAUAGGUCAUUUCAUUUUUUC